GUCUGAUAGAGUCCUAAACACCAGAGACAACUGCGACAGGCUCAAAACAACUAGACAAAAAGUUCAUGUGAAUACAGUAUACUGUUGGGGAGCGCAACGUCUGGUGGGUUAUGGAUAAGCCGGUGGGGUUCUGUUGUCUCUAGUGUUUGUCACUCGGUCACGUCGUUGCGUUGCGUGUCACGGAUCGCCCCGCCCCCUUUCUCUGGCAAUGGCUCCAGCUGCUGCUGCUGUGGUGCUGAGCUGAGCAGGAUGGAUUUCUCUGAGGUGUUCAAGCUCUCCAGCCAGCUGGGCAGGUUUUCCCCUGAUGGCAAAUACCUGGCAUCAUGUGUACAGUAUAGACUUGUUAUCCGUGAUGUCAAAACAUUACAGAUUUUACAGCUGUACACUUGCCUGGAUCAAAUUCAGUAUUUAGAAUGGUCUGCAGAUUCCAUGUUCAUCCUUUGUGCCAUGUACAAGAGGGGCAUUGUGCAGGUCUGGUCUCUGGAGCAGCCUGACUGGCACUGUAAGAUUGACGAAGGGUCAGCAGGGCUGGUGUCUUCCUGCUGGAGCCCAGAUGGUCGUCACAUUCUCAACACAUCAGAGUUUCAUCUGCGGAUUACUUUGUGGUCACUUAGUGCAAAAUCAGUCUCUUACAUAAAAUAUCCCAAAUCAUGCCAACAAGGAAUCUCUUUUACGAAUGAUGGUCGGCACAUGGCUUUGGCUGAGAGACGUGAUUGCAAAGAUUACAUUAGCAUAUUUGUGUGUAAUGACUGGCGCCUCCUAAGGCACUUUGAGACGGACACUCAGGACCUUGAUGGGAUUGCCUGGGCUCCCAAUGGCUGUGUCCUGGCAGUGUGGGAGUCUUGCCUGGAGUACAAGAUGUUGCUUUACUCUUUGGAUGGCCGAUUGCUUUCCACCUACUGUGCUUAUGAGUGGUCGCUGGGGAUUAAGUCAGCCACGUGGAGUCCGAGCAGCCAGUUCCUUGCAAUUGGAAGUUUUGAUGAAAAGGUGAGAAUUCUCAAUCAUGUUACAUGGAAGCCAAUCCAUGAACUAGUACAUACAGCCACAAUCACAGACGCAAAAGCUGUUGUGUAUAAGGAAGUGGAGAGAUGCCCAGGGAUUGCAACUGAUGAACUUACUUUUCCUUUACCAAAAGGAAAACCUAACAGCCUGUUUAGUAUCCGCAGUAAAUAUGAGAUUGUGAAUGUACCAGUAACUUUAAGAGGUGUUAAACCUGACUCCGAUCGGGCGAAUCCUGAACUUGGAAUUGGAAUGUUGGCGUUUAGUCUCGAUAAUCGUUAUAUGGCAUCUAAAAAUGAUAACAUGCCAUAUUCUGUUUGGAUAUGGAACAUCCAGAAAAUGAGAUUGUUUUCAGUUGUGGAACAUAGUUCGGCUGUCAAAUCUUUUGUCUGGCAUCCAGUUCAUCCUAGACUUGCCAUCUGCACUGGAAAUACCAGAGUAUAUUUGUGGUCUCCAACCGGUAGUGUUUCUGUGCAAGUGCCAGUGGAAGGCAUGUUUAAUGUCCUCUCAAUGUCUUGGCACCCAAUGGGAGAAGAUACUUUGCUUCUAAUGAGUAAGGAAAACUUGUGUUUAUGUUACUUGGAGUCUGAAGACAACGAAAACUAAAGUAAACAAAGCUAGUUUGUUUUUACAGAACCAGCACAUUACUAUUGAGUAGCAAUACGUGGGAGUAAUUAGUUUGCCUAAUUCUCAGGAAUAGUUUUUUUUUUUUAUCUGAUAGGCCUACUAAAAUUGAAUUUGUAUAAUGUGAUUUGCUCAGGGAUGUUUUAACAUUUCUUGUUAAAAGAAUGUACAUUAUGAUGUAAAUAUAUUUGUAGAUGUAAAGAUAUUUAAAUUUGCCAAUAAAUAAUUAUUUCACUA